AUGAAUUUGUGGUUCGGAAUAAUUUGGCUAUUUGCCCAAGGAAUUUAUGGAAAAACACUCUCAGGUGUUUUUACAUCUUUAGCUCCAAUUACUUUCACCAAUUCCGGGGGUUAUCCUGAAAAUAUCCCAACAUCAGUUCUGUGGUAUGCAUCACUCACAUGGUCCAUUGAUGGAAGUACUAUGAGCCCAGGAGAUACUUUCACCUUGAAUAUGCCCUUUGUUUAUAUCAUCGCCGCUUCAGGUGCAAAAAGUAUCGAUUUGAAAGCUGGGGGUACUUCAUACGCAACUUGUACUUUUUUUUCCGGUGGUUCAUUAGUUAACUAUAGUGAGCUUCGAUGUGUAAUUAACAGUUCAAUGACAAGUGAGUCUUUGGCAAAUGGAUACAUCUUAGUACCAUUUUAUUUUGAUGAUGGAUGGGGUCAUGAAGCAAAUGAUAUUGUAGCUGCUAACGAAUUUGUUGCCGGUCAAAAUACUGUUGUAUGGUCAGACGGAACUAAAAAAUUAACCUCCACUGUCACCUUCGAUGCCGGGCUUUCUGUUGCACAAAAUACAAUCAAUCUACCAGCAAGAAGUAUCGUAUACUACGCAAAACCGAACUCAAUUAAGCAACAUAAACACUAUUUGCUCGGCGGAAGUUGUAAAAAAUAUGGAAUUACAAGUGGUACAAUUGGAAUGACUUUUGAAUCAAGUACUAUCGACUGUUCUACUGUGUACGUGGGUAUCACAAACGAUUUAAAUGAUUGGUAUUAUGUCAAGUCAUAUGAAGAUAUAUCUGUUACUGGACAGUGCACGGGCCUGUCCUACAUUGUAACAUAUAAAAAUAUUCCCGCUGGCUAUAGAGUGUUCAUGGAUCUCACAACAGAUUUGUACGGCACUGUGAAGUACACAAACACAUAUACAUGUUCCAAUUCAAAUACUAAAACUGACAAUUCAUUAACAGUAACUUGGGGUAAACCUACUGGUGGAAUUACGGCAGGGGACGGUGUAGUAGUUAGUGUUGUUACAAAGACCUCAACUGGAAGUUUGACGCAAGUAACUACAUAUCCGCACCCUGAAACAGGUACUUAUACCAAAACGAUCGGGAUUAUUGUGCCGGUUCCAACAGUUACAAAAACUUUGACAGGAACUGGUAGCACCACAUCGUAUAAGACUAUUCCGGGAACUCCAGGUCAAACAGGAACAGUUGAAAUCUACACUCCACCACAUGCUACGACUGUCACUACCACAUGGACCGGAACUUUCACCUCUACUAGUACUGUCACUCCAACCAACCCUGAUGGAACUACUACUGUUGAGAUUUACACUCCUCCACAUGCUACGACUGUCACUACCCCAUGGACUGGAACUUUCACCUCUACUAGUACUGUCACUCCAACCAACCCUGAUGGAACCACUACUGUUGAGAUCUACACUCCUCCUAACUUGACCACUGUCACCACUCCAUGGACCGGAACUUUCACCUCUACUAGUACUGUCACUCCAACCAACCCUGAUGGAACUACUACUGUUGAGAUUUACACUCCUCCACAUGCUACGACUGUCACUACCCCAUGGACUGGAACUUUCACCUCUACUAGUACUGUCACUCCAACCAACCCUGAUGGAACCACUACUGUUGAGAUCUACACUCCUCCUAACUUGACCACUGUCACCACUCCAUGGACCGGAACUUUCACCUCUACUCAUACUGUCACUCCAACCAACCCUGAUGGAACCACUACUGUUGAGAUCUACACUCCUCCUAACUUGACCACUGUCACCACUCCAUGGACCGGAACUUUCACGUCUACUCAUACUGUCACUCCAACCAACCCUGAUGGAACCACUACUGUUGAGAUUUACACUCCUCCACAUGCUACGACUGUCACUACCCCAUGGACCGGAACUUUCACCUCUACUAGUACUGUCACUCCAACCAACCCUGAUGGAACCACUACUGUUGAGAUUUACACUCCUCCACAUGCUACGACUGUCACUACCACAUGGACCGGAACUUUCACCUCUACUAGUACUGUCACUCCAACCAACCCUGAUGGAACUACUACUGUUGAGAUUUACACUCCUCCACAUGCUACGACUGUCACUACCCCAUGGACUGGAACUUUCACCUCUACUAGUACUGUCACUCCAACCAACCCUGAUGGAACCACUACUGUUGAGAUCUACACUCCUCCUAACUUGACCACUGUCACCACUCCAUGGACCGGAACUUUCACGUCUACUUAUACUGUCACUCCAACCAACCCUGAUGGAACCACUACUGUUGAGAUCUACACUCCACCUAACUUGACCACUGUCACCACUCCAUGGACCGGAACUUUCACGUCUACUCAUACUGUCACUCCAACCAACCCUGAUGGAACCACUACUGUUGAGAUUUACACUCCUCCACAUGCUACGACUGUCACUACCCCAUGGACCGGAACUUUCACCUCUACUAGUACUGUCACUCCAACCAACCCUGAUGGAACCACUACUGUUGAGAUUUACACUCCUCCACAUGCUACGACUGUCACUACCCCAUGGACCGGAACUUUCACCUCUACUAGUACUGUCACUCCAACCAACCCUGAUGGAACCACUACUGUUGAGAUCUACACUCCUCCUAACUUGACCACUGUCACCACUCCAUGGACCGGAACUUUCACCUCUACUCAUACUGUCACUCCAACCAACCCUGAUGGAACCACUACUGUUGAGAUCUACACUCCUCCUAACUUGACCACUGUCACCACUCCAUGGACCGGAACUUUCACGUCUACUUAUACUGUCACUCCAACCAACCCUGAUGGAACCACUACUGUUGAGAUCUACACUCCACCUAACUUGACCACUGUCACCACUCCAUGGACCGGAACUUUCACGUCUACUCAUACUGUCACUCCAACCAACCCUGAUGGAACCACUACUGUUGAGAUUUACACUCCUCCACAUGCUACGACUGUCACUACCCCAUGGACCGGAACUUUCACCUCUACUAGUACUGUCACUCCAACCAACCCUGAUGGAACCACUACUGUUGAGAUUUACACUCCUCCACAUGCUACGACUGUCACUACCCCAUGGACUGGAACUUUCACCUCUACUAGUACUGUCACUCCAACCAACCCUGAUGGAACCACUACUGUUGAGAUCUACACUCCUCCUAACUUGACCACUGUCACCACUCCAUGGACCGGAACUUUCACGUCUACUUAUACUGUCACUCCAACCAACCCUGAUGGAACCACUACUGUUGAGAUUUACACUCCACCUAACUUGACCACUGUCACUACCCCAUGGACUGGAACUGUCACCUCUACUAGUACUGUCACUCCAACCAACCCUGAUGGAACCACUACUGUUGAGAUUUACACUCCUCCACAUGCUACGACUGUCACUACCCCAUGGACCGGAACUUUCACCUCUACUAGUACUGUCACUCCAACCAACCCUGAUGGAACCACUACUGUUGAGAUUUACACUCCUCCACAUGCUACGACUGUCACUACCCCAUGGACUGGAACUUUCACCUCUACUAGUACUGUCACUCCAACCAACCCUGAUGGAACCACUACAGUUGAGAUCUACACUCCUCCUAACUUGACCACUGUCACCACUCCAUGGACCGGAACUUUCACCUCUACUCAUACUGUCACUCCAACCAACCCUGAUGGAACCACUACUGUUGAGAUCUACACUCCUCCUAACUUGACCACUGUCACCACUCCAUGGACCGGAACUUUCACGUCUACUUAUACUGUCACUCCAACCAACCCUGAUGGAACCACUACUGUUGAGAUUUACACUCCACCUAACUUGACCACUGUCACUACCCCAUGGACUGGAACUGUCACCUCUACUAGUACUGUCACUCCAACCAACCCUGAUGGAACCACUACUGUUGAGAUUUACACUCCUCCACAUGCUACGACUGUCACUACCCCAUGGACCGGAACUUUCACCUCUACUAGUACUGUCACUCCAACCAACCCUGAUGGAACCACUACUGUUGAGAUUUACACUCCUCCACAUGCUACGACUGUCACUACCCCAUGGACCGGAACUUUCACCUCUACUAGUACUGUCACUCCAACCAACCCUGAUGGAACCACUACUGUUGAGAUUUACACUCCUCCACAUGCUACGACUGUCACUACCCCAUGGACUGGAACUUUCACCUCUACUAGUACUGUCACUCCAACCAACCCUGAUGGAACCACUACUGUUGAGAUCUACACUCCUCCUAACUUGACCACUGUCACCACUCCAUGGACCGGAACUUUCACCUCUACUCAUACUGUCACUCCAACCAACCCUGAUGGAACCACUACUGUUGAGAUCUACACUCCUCCUAACUUGACCACUGUCACCACUCCAUGGACCGGAACUUUCACGUCUACUUAUACUGUCACUCCAACCAACCCUGAUGGAACCACUACUGUUGAGAUCUACACUCCACCUAACUUGACCACUGUCACCACUCCAUGGACCGGAACUUUCACGUCUACUCAUACUGUCACUCCAACCAACCCUGAUGGAACCACUACUGUUGAGAUCUACACUCCUCCUAACUUGACCACUGUCACCACUCCAUGGACCGGAACUUUCACGUCUACUUAUACUGUCACUCCAACCAACCCUGAUGGAACCACUACAGUUGAGAUCUACACUCCUCCUAACUUGACCACUGUCACCACUCCAUGGACCGGAACUUUCACCUCUACUAGUACUGUCACUCCAACCAACCCUGAUGGAACCACUACUGUUGAGAUCUACACUCCUCCUAACUUGACCACUGUCACUACCCCAUGGACUGGAACUUUCACCUCUACUAGUACUGUCACUCCAACCAACCCUGAUGGAACCACUACAGUUGAGAUCUACACUCCUCCUAACUUGACCACUGUCACCACUCCAUGGACCGGAACUUUCACCUCUACUCAUACUGUCACUCCAACCAACCCUGAUGGAACCACUACUGUUGAGAUCUACACUCCUCCACAUGCUACGACUGUCACUACCCCAUGGACCGGAACUUUCACCUCUACUCAUACUGUCACUCCAACCAACCCUGAUGGAACCACUACUGUUGAGAUUCUUACCCCUAGUGCAGUGAGCCUUUCAAUCUCCGGUUUGACUUCUCUGAACCCCGUACCCACGUUUACGUUUUCAUGGUCGAACUCGUCGUAUUCCAAUACUAAUUCUGAUGAGGUUCCAAGGGAUGGAAGCUCUCGCGUGACUGCCACAAUUGUUGUCAUUCCUUCAACCACAGAGUGGGAUUUGAUAACAAGUACUGUAAUUGAAUCUGGAUCGGUUACUGAUGUACACAGUACGUCGAAGGUGUAUGAGCUGCAAUCUAAUCCAUUAGCUUCUAGUUCUCCCACAAUGGACAACCAGGAUACUUCUUCACUGGAUAUUUCAUCGACUGUACUUGGAGGUACAUGCUCUACCUGUACUGUAUCACAGGAAUUUAUAUCCACAGUAACUGUUCCAUCUGUAACUGUUGUGACUGUUACAUCUUGUGCGGAUGAUAUUUGUACUGCAAUCCCAGUUACAACCGGUCAAUCGUUAGUUACCGUUACAAUUGACAAUGCUGUCAGUGUUCAUACCACUUACUUUCCGUUCUUUGAAGACACUUCCACCAAAUCACAACUAUCUAGUGUAACUGGUCAGAUUUCAGGUGAGCUAAUUUCAGAGCCAUCUUUCGUGUUGCCAACAUUAGCUACAUUUGGAACGAGUAGUACAUCCGGUUCCGCCAGCUCGACAGCUAUCCCUGUAAUCAACACUGGUGGCUCUAGGAAGUUUGAAUUCUCUAUUUAUUUGACAAUUCUUACCGCUAUUAUUUCUUGCUUAUUGAUUUAG